AAUGGAUCCUAAUGCUUAAAUCAAUGAGAGAUACACAAAAUUAUAAGAAAAAUUGGGAGCUCUUCAAUUUGAAGUUGAUAACACAAAAGAUGCAAAAAUUGAUGAAAUUUAUGACAGAAUCAAUAAAGCUUAGAGUGAAUUGAAGGAUGUUAUCAAUAAUUACAGUGAAUAACUUGUACUUAAUUAUGUUAAAAAUAGGGAUAAUUGUCAGGUUAAUUUUAAGAUUUAACAAAAUAAUUUGAAAAACAAAAUGAAUAAUAUAGUUCUUCGCAUGAAAAAAAGUUAAAAGAAAUCAAAAAUUUAGAGAAUAAACUCUAAAAAAAGUUAGAUGAUGAUAUUAAAGCUAAUAGAGAAUAAAGUGAAUAAAUAUUGUCUAACUAUGAUUAAUAAGUAAAAAUUAAAUUGAAUAAUCUUAAAGGUUUAAGACUUACUAUAAUAGAUUGGAUAAGAAAUUAAAGUUAGAAACUAAUAAGUAAACAUUAUUAAUACAACUUUGCAAAAUGAUUUACCUGCAUUAUGGUAAUAUAAUGUUUAAGAAAAUUAAGAAAGAGUUCAAGAAGAUUAAUCAAUAGUGAAAAAAGCAAGUUAAGAAAUUUCUAAAUUAUUUGAUUAAGCAAAUCAAGGUAAAUCAUAAAGGUAAUAAUAAUAAUCUAUAUUUUAUAAACAGAGAAGAUGCUGAAGUUGGUAUAUUUACUAUGCUCAAAGAAGUUGUUAUAAGAGUCAAAAGUGAAUUAGAAGAAGAAAGAUAAUUAAGAAUGGAUGGACAUGAAGCAUUAUUAUCAAUAUUAGAAGAAGCCUAUGAAAAAAUGGAAGAAACACAUGCCAAAGUUUAAAAAUAGAAGGCUGCUUUAUUAGAAUCAAAAUGA